UCCAAGGAGUGUUUUGAAGGUCCUGAUGAAUUUAGAUUUCCAGCAUCUUGUCACAGAACUCAAAUCCGCCUCUCACACAGCACGAGAAGAACUGAAAGACUAUCUGUCUUAUCUGGAUUCUCUCUCAAAAACAGAGAAAGAUUUUCUCUUGAAGUUGCCUUUGUUUCAAACCAUGAAAGGAUUCAGUGUUGCAGCUCAAUCGAAACAAGCUGUGCUUCUGAUCUCAGGCCUAACAUUACCAACAGAGCUCCCUAUGCCUGAUUCCAUAAUCCAGUGUUCUACUGAGACUGACCGCAGACUGUUACAGCUGCUCAAAGUUCAUCUCUUGGACACCGCCGAAGCAGCCAAUGUUCUUGUUGACAGCAUAAGGAAAGGCGCUUGCAGCAGUGACAACACUAACAAAACAAUGACUUGGAUUUUACAGCAUGGUAAGGUGCUUUUCUCACAAAACGAAUCCCUGAAAUGCAGCUGUAAGGACUUGAGCUUCAUUGAGGUGAAUGGACAGCUGAAAAAGGCAUCUGACUUUUUUGAUCCAAGAAUUCAGACUUUUAAAGUCAUCUUUGAGUCAGACUUCUUUCCACCGCCUUCAUACACUCAUUCACUGCAGAUGCUGGAAAGCUUAACAGAAAUCGGAUUACUGAAUAAAGAGAUGGAUGUCUCACCUGAACAUUUGCUACAUGCUGCCACCCUGACUGACAAACUGUGUGUGAACUCACAAACCGAGGAUCUAAGAAGAGCUCAGGUUCUGUUGGAAAUGGUGGAAAGUAAUGGUUUACUGUCAAGGUUUUCUCACAGACAACUUCAUUGCCUCAAAAUGUUAAAAUGGAUCCCAUGUGAACAACCUGGAACUGACCAAAAUUUCAGUGAUAAGUCUCAGAAGUAUUGUUUGUUUUGCCCAAAUGAAAUAAGACAUUCUGUGUAUAAGGACAUUGUUGGACAUGUGAUGCCACUAACAGGGAAGCUCAGUGACAGAGUUAGCAACAGCCUUGGUCUCAAAGACCUACCACCACCUGAAAAAGUGAUUGAAAAUCUGACAGUCUUGAAAUCAAAAGCUCUGGAAAUGGUUAAUCCUGACACAGAUGUAGACUUCAAAAGACAGCUGCACAGCAUUUACAAACACAUGCAAGACAAUGUCUCUGUAUUUGUUACAAUGAUGGACAAUGAGACAUGCUGGCUAUGGACUCACAACCAGUUUGUUGCACCCCAGGAUCUGGUUCUUGAAUACCCAAAUAAUCUAGAUCUGAGUUCUUACAUUGGGAAGGUGCCGAAGGAAUUUUUGCCAUACAGAACAUUGUUCCAGAAGUUUGGCCUGAGAACAGUACUUUCAAAUGAGGACAUUUUGGGCAUUCUGUACUCCAUCCAGGAAACAAUUGAAGCAAGACAACCGCCAUUUGCAAGUUCCUCAGAGGUCAAAGUGUCAAUAGAAAUUCUCAACUGGCUCUGGAAAGAGAAGAAGACAGUUGAGGAUGACAUCCCAGUGCCAGUCAUUGCUGGGGGAGGAAAAUUUACCCUUAAACCACGAUCAACAGCUCUUUUCUGUGAUGUAAGCAAAAAUGGACUAAAAGAACUAAACUGCAGAGAAGAGGAAAUUUAUGUCAUACAUGAGGAAAUCCCAAAAGCAGCAGCUGAAUGGCUGGGAAUUCGUUUUCUCAGUACCCACAUCCUUGAUCCAGAGGAGAUAGGAAUAGAGCAGUGUGGACAAUCUGAACCAAUAACAAUGAGGAUAAAAAACAUUCUUAAAGAGUAUGAUGAAGACAGUGACAUCUUCAAAGAGCUCAUCCAGAAUGCAGAGGAUGCUGGGGCAGAUGUUUGCAAGUUCUUGGUGGAUUUCAGAGUACACAUAGAUGCUCCCGAAAGCCUGAUUGACCCUGACAUGGCUCUUUGUCAGGGACCUUGUCUUUGGGCUUUUAAUAAUGAGCAGUUCACAGCAGAGGAUUGGAAAAAUAUUGUCAGAGUUGGCUCAGCCUCGAAGGAAAACAAAGUGGAAAAAAUUGGAAAGUUUGGACUUGGAUUCAACACUGUGUAUCAUGUGACAGAUGUCCCCUCCAUCCUUAGUGGCAACACUCUCCUCAUACUGGAUCCAAAUGUUACUCAUCUCACAAAACAUAUCAAACAUAAAUCAAAUCCUGGAAUCAAGCUGGAUCUCUCUCAACAACAACUCUUUCAUUGUUUUCCUGGUCAGUUUGGAUCAUAUGAAAAUAUUUUUGACUGUAAUUUUACCCGAAAAAGUCCUCCUGAACCCUAUCCAGGCACUCUGAUCAAACUACCUUUCCGAAGUGAAGAAGAAGCUGUCAAAUCAGAAAUAAGCACAAAUGUGUAUCAAAAACCCAAUAUCCUUGAUUUUCAACAUCUCUUUUCUAAGAAUUCACAAACCCAUCUGCUCUUUUUAAAGAACAUCAUUACAUUAUCCCUCCAAAAUAUCCCACACAAUGGAUCAACUCCACCAAGAGAAAAUGAAAUAGAGACCAUCUUCUCUGUGUCCAAAACCACUGUGAGUGCAAUGGAGAUUCCUGAUGACACCAGUGUGUCCCAGCAACGUCAUGCUGAGAAAUCACUAAUGAAACUUGAUGGUAAAUGCAAAGGACUAAUUGAAUCUUGCACAGUCAGAAUUAUCCAAAUAUCCAGUCAGCAGUCUAAUGAAACUAAACUUCAGUUCUGGCUCCUGUACAACUGCUUUGGGACAGAUGAGUCCUUUAAAAUGGCCAUUCACAAAAACAAGCAGGCCAGUUUCUCUUUGCCCAUUGGAGGGAUUGCUGUGCCCUUGCAAAAUCAUCCAGAAACUGGAAAAUUCAGCACAUUACAAACAGAUCUUGUUGGACAGGCCUUUUGCUUCCUUCCUCUUCCCAUUCACACGGGUCUUCCUGUCAAUGUAAAUGGCACAUUUGCUGUGACAAGCAACCGAAAAGGUCUGUGGGAAACUGGAGUGAAAAAUGACUGGAACAAAGCUCUCCUUCAGGAUCCAGUAGUGACAGCAUAUGUUACUGUACUCAAGGCACUAAAGAAAAUGUCAGAAAAUAAGCAGCUGGUGAGUUACUGUUAUCACACCUUUUGGCCUGAUAGGGAGAAAGUGACUGAAACUUUCAAGCCUUUAGUGGAUGCACUUUACUCAACCAUUGUUGAUGACUCUGUUGGUCCAGAGCUCUUUAGUGAUGGAGAACAAUGGCUCUCAAUGAACAAUGUUAUAUUUCUUCAUGAGAGCAUUGAAAAUGAUGAAAAGAUUGGUGACCUUGCAGUUCAAGUUUGCCAGAAAUAUGCAAAAGGACCCAACCAUGUUGUUCCUCUUCCUGUGUGGCUGAGAAAUAGCUUCAAACAGGCUGGCCUUGAAAAGGUUUUGCAAAACAGGACCUGGAACUGGGAGAAGUUCUACAGAGAAGCAGUGUUCAGUAACCUAACUACAAUGGACUCGAAGAGUAGAGAUACCCUUGUGCUGCAUGCUAUUGACCUUCAUAUCAAAGAAAUUGACAAUCUGCUGCUCUGCUAUCCAUGCAUACCCACAAAGGGUGGACAGCUCCAACAUGUCAGGAAUCUUGUGAAUCCUACAGGGAAAGUGGCCUGUCUUUUUGAAUCAAAAGAGGGACGCUUGCUUGAUGGAUCCGAAAAUGACUUCAGAUCUCCAAAAAGGAUUCAGCGUUUGUUGGAACUCGGUAUGGCAAAUGACCAUCUCCCAUUGGAAGAUAUCACAGAGAAAGCGGGUACAAUUAAUAAAACCUGGAGCAUUGACAAAAAGAAAGCAUUUGUCCACUUGAAGUGCCUUUUUGAACUGAUGAAGAAUCACAUUUAUGAUAUAGAGUCUCACCACUGGAAAACACUGAGGACAACUGGAUUUCUUCCAGCAUAUUCCCCUGGUGAUGCAAAAAUGGAAGGAAAUGUAACACUUAAAAGGCCCACUGAUGUUUUUAGUGACAAAUGCUCCCUUCUCGUUAACAUGACACAACCAGUGCUGGAUAAUAGUAAUUUGAAAAUACACCACAGUGAUCCAGUCCUAAAGAUCUUGGGCGUGAACAGCACUCCGAAGCCAGAGGUGGUGCUCCAGCAGCUGCAUGAAGGAAGCAAACAAGCACACUCCAUUGACAGAUCCAUGCUUUAUAAAAUAGCAUUUGAGUGCUAUAAGUGUCUGGAUCAGUGGAUCUGUGACUCUGGAAAUGCCACUUACAUUUCACAACAAGCGAGUUCAUUUCCAUUCAUCCUCAUUGGUGAUACAUUUGUGAAUGUUGAUCGUGUAGCUGAGAACGGGCAAUUUGAAGCAAAGCCCUAUCUCCACGUACUUCCAGCUGCCUUCACAAGUUUCAGGAACCUCUGGACAUGUAUAGGUGUUGAAAAACAAUUCACGAUCACUCAGUUUCUAACUGUGUUGCAGGAAUUACAAGCUCAACAUGGAAACCAGCCCCUACCAAAGAGUGAUCUCUCAGUUGUCUUCACAAUUUUAAACAAAGGGAUAUUUGAGGUCAAAGUCAAAAUCACAGAUGACUGUCUGAUACCCAAUGAGCAUGGAGUUUUGCAGUUUGCUAGUGAGCUAUUUUACAAUGACAGCCCAUGGAUGCCACUCACUUCAGGUGUCACAUUAUGUCACGAGAAUAUCCCACGAGCUAUGGCUCGCCACCUUGGAAUCAAAACAACAAGGCAUCAUUCUCUGGAAACCCACAUAGUUGAUGACAUGUCACCAUUUGCUUUUGACUUUGAACAGCAGGAACAGCUGACUGUUCGUAUUAAAAACAUAAUUUCAGCCUAUCCAUCAAAAAAGGAUAUCCUUAAAGAGCUCAUCCAAAAUGCUGAUGAUGCAGAAGCAACAGAAAUUCACUUCAUCUGGGACAAAAGACAACAUGGAAAAGAGAAAACAUUUGGGAAGAAAUGGAACAAUCUCCAGGGUCCAGCACUUUGUGUGUUCAACAACAAAGUGUUUUCUGAUGCUGACAUUAAGGGAAUUCAACAGCUGGGAGAGGGAGGAAAGCACAGCAUCCCAGGGAAGAUAGGGAAGUACGGAGUUGGAUUCAACUCUGUUUACCAUCUGACUGACUGCCCUUCGAUCCUUACAGGAGAUGAAGUACUUUGCAUUUCUGACCCCAAUCAAAAAUACAUUGAAAAUCACUCAAAUAACCAACGAUAUGGCAUUGGCUAUAAACUAGCUGACACUUUCAAAGAAAUGUACGUAGAUGUCUACAAAUCCUUUCUUCCAGACAAAUUUUCUCUUAAAGAGGGCACCAUGUUCAGAUUACCUCUGAGAAUGGGUACAAAUGCAAAAACCUCCAAAAUAUCACAGCAAGGAGUCACUGACCGUGACAUGAAAGAACUGUGCUCUGCUCUGUCUAAAGAUCCUGAAGGACUAAUUCUCUUUCUGAAAAACAUCUGCAAAAUCAAAGUCCAUGAAAUCAGUGAAGAUUCAAGAGGACUUAAAACCAUCUUUGAGGUUGAAAAAAAUCUGCCACAGAAAAGUCGGGAAGAGAAAGAUGCUUUUGUAAAACAUCUACAAAAUGCACUGCAAUCAGACAAAUUAGCAACACAAAAGACUUUCUAUGAAACCACAAUUUCCACACCGCACAAGAUUUUCUAUGAAACUGUGAUUUCCACCUCAGAUAAAAGACAAAGUAAGUGGAUUGUUGCAGAACAGUUUGGCUCCUUCAAAGACAGCUUUGAAUUAAAACUAUCAGACAAAAUUCCCCAAGCAUCAUUAGCUGCACGUGUGAACACAAAAGGGUCCGGCAUCAUGGAUUUUAAAGGAGAAGCCUUUUGUUCACUUCCUUUGCCAGGGAAAACUGGAUUGCCAGUACAUGUCAAUGGAAACUUUGAGGUUGAUUCUGCCAGGAGAAGCCUUUGGAAAGAAGAUGGGAAGAGUAAGAAAUCAGACUGGAAUGAGAUUUUGAAACAGAACGUCAUUGCACCACUGUAUGCAGAUCUCCUGCAUUACAUCAGGCGCAGCAUUGCAGUCAAGAAAGUUUCAGUUGCAAGUACUGAGUUAUGUUUCAGAACAGAAUACUUGUGUUUUUGGCCAACUGUGUCCGAGGAUGUUUGCCCAGACUGGCAUGAAAUGAUACAUGAAGUAUACAGAUCACUGAAAGAAAAAGGCCUUGAUGUAAUCCCUGUGAUGAAGAGCUCAACACGGAAAAUUGCAGAUAAAAAAAUUAAAGAAUACUCUUUUGACUGGUGUAAUGUCAGCGAAACAGACUCUACUGAGUCACCUUAUCUGACAACC